UAUCACUUAGGGGUUUGAAAUAUAGAUAGUAGCCGAUUCUCAGACUUACUAAAUAUGCAUAAAAAAUUUCAUAAUAAUCGGUCGAGUCGUUUCGGGAAUGUAUGGGAUGCGAGAAUUUUAUAUAUACAUAUAUACAAAAAGAUGUUAUGUUGACAUUUUUAGUAAUGAAUCUAUGGUUAAACGAUUUUGUAGGCUUUUCUAGACAAAUUUGUUUAUUCUUGCUGGAGAUGUAUGGCGUCGAAAUGAAUAGAUUAUUUUUUAAUUUCGUUUAUGCUAAGGUAAUACUAACGCAAUUGCUAAAAGAAACGCCUAAGGGAUAAAAAACAAAAACGCUGAACCAUCAACCAGAUCUUAAAAUCUUCAAAAAAAAAAGGAAGACGCUAUAUUUCCAUAGACAAAUUCAACAUCAACAUGGUUGCUAAAUUUUCCCGCCAAAGUGCAAACAGCAAACGGGCGGGACGCGGGCAUCGGUUAUCCUUUCUAAACACACUAUCUAGUACAUAUUACAAUCUACAUACUUCUCAGUUCUUACUCUAACAACUCCCAGUGACAGUGAUUGAGAAUUAAUGUUAAUAAUAUCUAUUACAUAGAGAUUAAAAUUUUUAUUUCUUUCCUUUGAGUAAUUUAAUGUUUUUGAGAUAUAAUUUAAUUUUUGAGCCUUUCUAAUUAAUAUUUAUAAUUCAACGGUAUUUUUUUGACUAGUAUUUUCAAUAUAUAAAAAAGAAAUGUUUUACCCCGUCGAAUCUUUGAAAAGAGGUGGUAGAUUUUAUUUAUGUUGGGUUGCGGAUUCUUGGCCACAACGUUUUCAAGCCAUUAAUAAUCGUCAAAUUUGGUCUCAAGAUAUUCGACGAAUAUGUCAUGACCUUCAAGAAGUUAUAUGUCAGGAAUCACGUCGUCCAUCAAAGAGAUUCUCUCUUCGGUUAACAUCACAACUUAUUCACGGAUUAGUACUCUUGUAUCAUAGAAAAGUAAAUGUAUUAUUUGGUGAUCUUUGUAUGAUAGAAGCUCAUGCCAUGCACAAUACUAACAAGAGGUGUAAAUGGGUGGAUCAAGUGAGAGUUCAUGACCCAAGGUCAGCUCAGAUACCCAGACUAGUUAUUGAGGAAGUAGGAGAUGAAGAACAAGUAGAGGAACUUUUACAAAAAACUGGAAAUAUAGUAGCCUGUGUAGAUGAUAUUACAUUGCGAGAACCUACUCUGCCUGAAAAUCGACCUAUUUAUGAUGGCUUCGGUGAAAUGCACUUAGAGCUGCCGGUGAUAAGUGAUAGGACCAUCGAAUUGAUGCUCGGCCCCGAUGGAAGUGCGCAACAACAGAGCGUUAUAGACCCUUGGGGUCUGUCGCCCGACCGGUUGAUCGAUCAGUUGAGGGUUGAUAAAUCUGCACAUAUGGAAAGGGUCUCGGAUUAUGACAUUUCUCUAUUCAAUAAAACCACCGGAGCCGAACUACAAGCCCCUGGUGACUUUGGUAAAGAAAUUCCCGAUAUCCAGUUACCCGAAAUACCCGAUCCCCAAGAAAUACAAUUGGAAAUAGUCCCACAUGAGACUGAAAACCGAAAUAUGCCAAUGGAGAUUGAACAUAUUUCAUUAGAAGAAAUUCCGAUCGAGGAAUACCAAGCUCGGCAACACACAAGGAAACGCAAGCGCAAUGUAAUGAAGAUAGAUGAAAGUUUGGAGCUAGAAAAAGAGUACAUGCGGUCUCGUAUUAACGAUGUUACAGUAGAACAGCGCUGCCAGGACCCGGCCUCCGAUAUAUUACGAAGAGAAGUGUCCGUCCGACAAAUGUUACACCGUCCGACAUGCGCGGGCGCACGCAUUACGCAUAAUCUAGGACUGAAAAUCAGAAAAAUGUACUUGAACAGGCUUUGCAAGUUAGAGAGAUGUGAUGUGCCUGAGGUACCAAUGAUACAAAGGCAACAUCAGGAUACAAGGAUGAUAGUAGAAGAAACUGAAGGCCCUAUACUAGCGCCUGUGAUCGAAGAACCACAUAUACUUGGUCGAGAACAGGCAAUUCUUGAUGCCGAUGGAUCUGUUAAUAUUUCUGCGGUUGCACCAAAUGUUUCUGGUCUUGAACCAAACGUUUCCGCUCUUGGACCAAAUGUUUCCGCUCUGGGACCAAAUGUUUCUGGCUUUGAACCAAAUGUUUCCGCUCUUGACCCGAAUGCUUCAACUGCUGGAAGAAAUGUGGAGGAAAUUCAAGAUGUGUCACUUUUACCCACUCAAAAGAUAUCGGAAAUGCAAGUCCCAGAACUACCUGCGCCUAAAAGACGUCGAACGGUGGGUACAAAUGAAGCAAGGUUCAUGAUACAUACAGAAAACAAAGAGAACCAACCUCCCAACAAACAAUGGGACCAUCUCUCUGAAAUGCUCCAAGAAGCUGGCAUUUCCGAUAUACCUGAAAAUCUACCGGAAAGGGAAGUUGAGAAUAGUCAAAGGAAAAAAUCCAGAGAGAACAGUGAAACUCCUUUAGGAAGCCUCGAUAGGACAAAGGUGUCUUUGGGAGAUACUGACAGCUGCACGGAUUCACAGAAGGAGAUAAAAGAAAAUUGGGGAACAUUCAACACUAUGGUCAGAAUAUUCCAAUGUAAAGAUGCGAGAUGUGAUCCUCUUAAUAUGAUGGUACUUCUCGCGCGGGGUCCUGCUUUACCCGGACAUGGCCGGCUAACCGCCGCUAAAUGCUUUAGCUCGUUAUUGAAAUUGAAACAACAUGGAUUCAUAAGCAUUGAGAAAAAUCCUGUUACGCUAGAAAUAGUCAAUAUCAAUCUAGGACCCAGAUUCGACAGUCCUUGAUUAUUAUAUCAAAUGUUUAAUUCUUUUUGUAUUUUUUUUAUUAUGGUAGAAACCACUGAAAUGUAACCUAGGUGAAUAUAAAUAACAUUUGUUUGUUACUUUGCCUUGUUAAUAGGUCAACGGUGGAUAUUUUAUUAAUUGUCGUAUUUUAUAUCUUGAAUUCCUGGGGGCCUUCAUUCGAGAGAGUUAUAAGUUAUACUUAUGUACAUAUUUUUGAUAUGGUUGGGAAAACCAUUUUUUGUUAAAGUGUUUUUAUACGUGUCUGUUACAUGUUCUAUAUAAAUAUAUUAAGGUUACUGAAUA